AUGGAUGUGCGGCCACGGUUCGUGUUGUUUGGCGACUCCCUCAGCCAACGUGCAUUUGAGCCGGGGGGUUGGGGGGCUGCACUACAGGACAGAUAUGCACGAAAGGCGGACGUUGUGAACAGAGGUUACAGCGGUUAUAACACUCGGUGGGCCUCUUAUGUGCUUCCGAAGGUCUUCCCCCUGGUGUCCUCCAUUCCCUCCCCCGCUUUGGUCACCAUCUUUUUCGGCACCAACGAUGCGGCUCUGGCUGAUCAAGACAAGGCCAAGUAUCAUGUCCCGCUCGAUGAAUACAAGCACAAUAUCCUCCUUAUGAUCAGGCAUGUUCAAGAUAGCAGCCUGCCGGCCCCUGCGCUCGUGACCAUCUUCUUUGGCGCGAACGAUGCAGCGCUGCCAGACAAGCUCAGUGCCAGCCAGCAUGUACCUAUUCCUGAGUACAAGCAUCGCCUGUCUGAGUUUGUGCAGCAUUUAACCCAACUUUCCAAGAAAACACGAGUCGUCCUUAUAGCGCCGCCUCCAGUGGACAUUCCAGGAAGGAAACGCUACGCAACGGAAGCGUAUGGCGCCGGAGACGAGUGGGAGCCGGAACGCACCAACGAGCACACGGGUUUAUAUGCGGCCGCCUGCCGGGAGGUGGGGGAAGCGACCGGGGUCUCCAUUGUGGACCUUUGGACCAUCUUCCAGCAAGACGACAACUGGGCGGAGUAUCUCAAUGACGGCCUUCACUUCACGGAGAAGGGCAGCGCCGUCGUCUUCAAGCAUGUUUUGGCCGCAAUUGAGAAGCUGCCAGGGCAGCCUUCUCUGGCCUUCGACGACUUGCCAUGGGAUUAUCCAAUCCAUUCGGAUGUUGACCACAAGGACCCCAAGCGUACGUUUGAAGAGUGGGAAGCAAGGAAGACGGGUGUAUAAUAAUCGCUAAUCUUCCUUGAUCACGGGAUUGCUAUCCUAGAUGAAGCGGUUACUACUGCGCUUACCAACAGCACAACAUGAUGAUCUAUUAAGAUUUCGACAUGCCAUCCGAUAAGUAGAUGCCACAGCUCGAACGGUCUAACCUGUCCGGGCUCCAAAUCUUGCAUCAGGUUUGCGUUGGUUGCCGGAUUAUGAGUAGAGACUCAGAAGCAUGUUCGAGGUCGGGCCUACCAGGAUAAUGAUCCGGUAGAACUGCAUCAAAAGACAUUGGUCCAAUCGCAUGGAUGCACGGUUAAUCACGUUCAAUGUGCACCACGUAC